AUGCGACAAAACAAACAACUAGAGCAAAGUGCGGGCGACGGAGCUUCCCGCGCAAACAAGGCAGAAAGCAAAUAUGAGCUUUUGAAAACGCAGUUUGCCCAUCUAGAGACUGCUCACAGAGAAUUGAAGGAGAAGGUGCUCGCUCUGGUGUCGUUGAAGGAGAAAUCUGAGGCUCUCGAGGAUGAAAAGGUGGUGACUGGGGAGCUUAUCGAGAGACUGAGGACGGUCCAUUUCAACAAAGAGCACCAUCAGGUGUCUGCCCAACAGGCUCUGGGCCUCAUCAACAAAGUCCAGCUUGACAAGGCGGACACACUUUCUGAAAUCAUCCAGGAAAUUUCGAAACGGCUGGGAGAAGACAUCAAUUUUCAUAUGUUGCCGUUGGGUGACCAGGCUUCCAUUAUCCCAAGAGCUUCCAAGCGACCCCGACCUGAAGAAACAGCAGAUGAGCCAGCCCGGAAGCAAGUAGCAAGAUCACGAAUCGGUAACAGCGAGAGUGCCUAA